GUGACUAGCUAUAGCUACUUACUUUUUUUUAAAGGGUUUUCAUACUACAUUGGAAUUUUAGCCUUAUAUCGCGGUUCUGCACCCAUUCAAGUCAAAUUCAGAAGAGGUUUCACUUUCCUGUCGAUCUGACAGUUUUAAAAUUACCACCUGUAACUUUCACUAUAUUAUGGAAGCAAUAAAGUAUUGAGUAUUGUUUAUGCUUUUGUUGUUGAUUGUACGUCAAAACUAUAAUUCCUGUAUUUGUUUACAGAUAUGUGACAUCACACAAUGGCGCUACAUAUGCCGUGGGACCGCAGCCAGACAGACAGCUUUCUCAUGAAGGUUGACACUAAGACCUGAGGAUGAAACACCGGUGGAGUCUACUUCAUUAAAAUGGAGUUCGCCUCUGUUUUACCGACGAAUGUGGCGCUUCAGUUGAACGAGACGACGGUGGAAUACGACGAUGGAGAUGACCCGGACGCCGUCACGCUUUUGUCUAUACUACUAGUCGGUAUAUUCCUAUCGUUGCUCAUAUUCUUGAGCGUAGCUGGGAAUAUACUGGUGUGCAUCGCGAUCUACACGGACCGCGGCCUUCGACGCAUCGGCAACCUGUUCCUCGCGUCGCUGGCCAUCGCUGACAUGCUGGUUGCCGCCGCUGUCAUGACUUUUGCUGGAGUCAAUGACUUACUCGGGUACUGGGUGUUCGGUGAGCAGUUCUGUGACACGUGGGUUGCGUGUGACGUCAUGUGCUCCACUGCCUCCAUCCUCAAUCUGUGUGCUAUCUCAUUGGACAGAUACAUACACAUCAAAGACCCUUUGAGAUACGGUCGCUGGGUGACUCGGCGCGUUGCCGUAGUAACAAUCGCCAUGAUCUGGCUGCUUGCUGGCCUGGUCAGCUUCCUCCCCAUAUCUCUCGGUCUCCACAGACCUGACGAAGAGGCUCUCGCCACGCAGAAGCCGCCGCGGUACCCGACGUGCGCCUUGGUACUGACGCCGACGUACGCCGUCGUGUCGAGCUGUAUAUCCUUCAUAUUGCCCUGCAUUGUCAUGAUAAGUAUAUAUUGCAGACUUUACUGCUACGCUCAAAAACACGUCAAAUCAAUCCGGGCAGUCACCCGAACGGUUCAAAUGCCGGAUAACCGGACAAAGUCAGUCCGAACCCGGGUACACACACACGUGCACUCGUCCCCGUACCACGUGUCUGAUCAUAAGGCUGCGAUCACAGUGGGGAUCAUCAUGGGUGUAUUCCUGCUAUGUUGGGUACCAUUCUUCUGUGUGAAUAUUGUUGCUGCAUUCUGCAAAACUUGUAUACCGGAUUUAGCGUUCAAGAUCUUGACGUGGCUGGGCUACUCGAACUCGGCAUUCAAUCCAAUAAUAUACUCGAUAUUUAACACUGAAUUCAGGGAAGCUUUCAAAAAGAUUUUGACGUCAAGGUAUCCUCCUUGCUGUGGGUACCAAAGCGUGAGGGCAAACACUCCAACUCGGAAUGACAACUUCGUGACUGACUACGGCACCAAGACCCUCGUCGUCCGCAGAAGUGGAUCCCUUGGUCUUUCGGGAGUAGACCCUACUCCGCGAUCUUCCGCCGAGUCUGUUCGCCCUCUCCGGGAAUACCACAUUUGACAAGAAGACGGUAACAGCAAUAAUGGACUGCUCGAUAAAAGUGACGUGGUUUGAAAUCCUGAAGACAUAAAUGGGUUAGAAACUGUAAAUGCAAAACGUACAAAAGGCGGCAGCUCAAAAAGAGGUCUUAUUGGCGAAAUUUAUCGAUUGAAAACUCGCCGGAUUAGGAGUGUAACAAAGAAAAGUUUGUAAAAUAUUUUAUGUAUAGUGUACUUGGCCGUCUUUUGUAUGAAUUUUGAUACUAGCAUUACAAAUUGAAAAGAAAAAAUAGCCUUAAGAAGACUCAGAGGUUUGACGCCAAGCACUAGAUGUGUCAUAGCAAUUAUUUUACUAUUCCAUAGAUUGUCACUUGUUCAAAUAUCAUAUUUAUCAUUAUAAUUAAAUCGAAUAUUUACAUUAGCUAUAGAUAUAGAGAUAUCAUAAAAUCUAUGAAGAAAAUUUAUUCAAAGUUUAAUAUGAAAUAGUAGGUUUAACGUAAUAGAUAAAUGUUAUGAACAUAUUGAAAUCCUUUGUAGAUUUUCCUCAAAUUUGGCAUCAUUAAGAACGUGUACAUUUCAAAGUAACUCCGCAUGGAUUAUCAUUUUCUUAAAUAGAAUUUCUCUCAUUGUUUUCUUAAUUAACUUAUAUUAUUUUAUACGGUAUACGCUUUCUAUCUACGUCUUACAGUUUAAUUAACUUGGAAGAAUGAAAAACACAAUUGAAUUUA